AAAAAAAAAAUAUAUAAAAAUAAAAUUGAAGAUAACUUUUAGGGUUUAUAACGACCCGCCAAAUUCGCUUGUCUCCUCCGACAUUUUCAGAUUUUCUUGACCCGGAUCUUGACCCGGGCCCGCAUUUUAUUCGGUUCCGAUCUGGUAACUUGACAAUGGCGUCGGGAGCUUCGCCUUCUUCUUCGGCGACCAGAUCGGAGCCACCUAAGGAGUCUACGCCGGAAGAGACAAGUCCAGCUUCUAAGGAAGUGUCAGCAGUAAUAGAAUCGCUAAAGAAGAAACUUGCUGCUGAUCGGUGUAUAUCAGUUAAGAAAAGGUUUGAUGAAAACAAGAAGAAUUUGUGUGACAUUACUCAAAGCUUUAUGAGGUCGUCUAUGGAGAGAGGAGGUAGCUGUAAAGAUGGUAAUGAUCUUUUAGUUAAGAGGCAAAGAGAUUCGCCUGGUAUGAAAAGCGGAAUCGAUGCUAGUGAUGGUGAUAGGAAUAACCACAGAUUCGUAGAGGAUGGACAUGCCAAUUCAGCGGUGGUUCAAGGAUCUAGUGUCCCUGUUAAAAUUUCCUUACGGCCAAUCAAACUACCUGAUAUCAAACGUUUGUCACCUUAUACCACAUGGGUUUUUCUGGACAGGAAUCAAAGAAUGACUGAAGACCAGUCUGUAGUGGGUCGAAGGAGAAUUUAUUAUGAUCAAACUGGCGGGGAAGCGCUCAUUUGCAGUGAUAGUGAAGAGGAGGUGAUUGAUGACGAAGAAGAAAAAAGAGAAUUUUUGGAGCCUGAAGAUCUUAUUAUUCGCAUGACCCUUGAGCAACUAGGUCUUUCAGACUCUGUCUUGGAGGAACUAGCAAAUUUAUUGUCCAGACGUGCGAGUGAAAUCAAGGCAAGACAUGGAGUGCUUAUGAAGGAAAAAGAAAUAUCCGAGAGUGGCGAUAAUCAAGCAGAGAGCUCCCUUCUCAACAAAGAUAUGGAAGGAGCAUUAGAUUCUUUCGAUAACCUGUUCUGCCGUAGAUGCCUUGUAUUUGAUUGCCGGCUCCAUGGGUGUUCACAAGAUCUUAUUUUUCCUGCUGAGAAACCAGCUCCGUGGUGUCCUCCGGUAGAUGAAAAUCUAACCUGUGGUGCAAACUGCUAUAAAACGCUUCUCAAGUCUGAAAGAAUUCCGGGAUAUGGCACCACCGAAUAUAAAACUGGCACUUCAUCAGAUUGUGCGGUCACUAAGACCACAUCCACGAAGUUAUCAAGCAAACUUAGUAGGAGAAAACCAAAGACCUUCCCAAGUGAAAGUGCAUCGUCUAAUGAAAAGUGCACACCAGAGACAAGUGACUCAGAGAACGGACUUCAGCAGGAUACCAAUUCCGAUAAAGUUUCAUCAUCACCAAAAGNAAAAACACAUAUUGUUCCAGCCCNACAUGUAAAAUCUGGGAACUCCGGGAAGUCAAAGAAGAAUGGCACCCCUGCAGAAGAAUCUAAGAAUUCUGUCAAGGAUGACGAUCCUGUUUGUCAGCUAAAUGAGGUUGCUUCUGAGCUUGAUGCACCAUGUAGCGAUGAAAGUAUACGGAAAGAAGAGUUUGUUGGUGAGAAUGCAUGUCGAAGAGGAUUGGCUACAAACAAAUUGUGGAGACCACUUGAGAAAAGCCUUUUUGAAAAAGGUGUUGAGAUUUUUGGAAUGAAUAGCUGCUUAAUUGCUAGAAACCUUUUGAGUGGUUUCAAGUCAUGUUGGGAGGUCUUCCAAUACAUGACUUGCUCGGAAAAUAAAGCUUCCUUCUUUGGAGAGGAUGCAUUAAAUCCCGAUGGCUCUUCCAAGUUUGACAUCAAUGGAAAUAUGGCUAAUAACCAAGUGAGGAGAAGGUCAAGAUUUCUACGUAGACGAGGCAAAGUGCGUCGCUUGAAGUAUACUUGGAAAUCUGCUGCAUAUCAUUCAAUUAGGAAAAGAAUUACUGAGAGGAAAGACCAGCCAUGCCGUCAGUUUAAUCCAUGCAACUGCAAAACUGCUUGUGGGAAGGAAUGUUCUUGUUUACUAAACGGGACUUGCUGCGAGAAGUACUGCGGUUGCCCAAAGAGCUGCAAGAAUAGGUUUAGAGGUUGUCAUUGUGCAAAAAGUCAGUGUCGAAGCCGUCAGUGUCCAUGCUUUGCUGCAGAUCGGGAAUGUGAUCCAGAUGUUUGUAGGAACUGCUGGGUCAUUGGCGGGGAUGGUACGCUCGGGGUGCCAAGUCAAAGAGGCGAUAAUUAUGAGUGCAGGAAUAUGAAGUUGCUCCUGAAACAACAGCAAAGGGUUUUGCUUGGAAGAUCUGAUGUUUCUGGUUGGGGAGCUUUCUUAAAGAACAGUGUAAGUAAACAUGAAUACCUUGGGGAAUACACAGGAGAGUUGAUCUCACAUAAAGAAGCAGAUAAACGGGGGAAGAUAUAUGAUCGCGAGAACUCCUCUUUUCUCUUCAAUCUAAACGAUCAGUUUGUGCUAGAUGCUUACAGGAAAGGAGACAAACUGAAAUUUGCCAACCAUUCUCCUGAACCAAACUGUUACGCAAAGGUCAUUAUGGUUGCUGGAGAUCACAGGGUGGGGAUUUUCGCAAAGGAGAGGAUAAUGGCUGGAGAAGAACUGUUCUAUGAUUACCGGUAUGAGCCAGAUCGAGCUCCUGCUUGGGCCAAAAAACCUGAAGCUCCGGGUUCUAAGAAAGACGAACAUGUUACUCCUUCUGUUGGUAGACCCAAGAAGCUUGCUUAGCAACAACAACAACAAAAAAAAAAAAGGAAACCCCAUUUUUUUAGUCAAUUCUUUUGUUACAGGCGGAAGAACACAUUACUCCUCAAUCAUUCUACUCUCCACACGGGAAACACAAUGAAAACAAAUCCAUACAUUUUGCUGAGUCUAAAGAAAUUUGUAUUCGUUGGAUCAAAAUCUCAGUUUCAAUUUCAUGAUACGAGACUUCAGUUUUUCUUUC